AUGUUGUUCAACAAGAUUUCCGUCUCUGCCAUCAGCGCCUUCGCAAUCGUUGCCAACGGCGCUAUUCUCGAGAUGUACUCGGACAGAAACUGCCAAAACUCCGUCGGCUCCCGCAACGUCUGGGACAAUAGCUGUGCCACUGGCGUGCCCGGAUUCCAGUCCUACAUCAUUACCUAUCCAGGCGGCGGCGACCAGGCCAUCACGACAUACAGUCGUGCUGCCUGCGCUGGCCCGCAGACUACGUGCAAUUAUGCUGGCAGCACUGGCGUCUGUUAUCCUUCUUUUAAUAGUGCUGGUGGUAGCAAUGCCAUUGGGUCGGGAAUUGCUUGUGGCUUUGUCUGA